CGUAGAGAGAGGAGUGAGCUAACUCGCUGCACUUUUAACUUCACUGUGUUUUCAUUGGUGCUAAAAGUGAAUAAUUAGGGUUAAAAAGGAGAAGCAAGUUGUUAUUUGAUGCACGAUUCUGGAUCCUGAUCCAACAUCAUGAUCCAGGAUGUGGCCGCAGCAGCAAAUCUAGAUCUGCACCAUAAAUCACAAGUGUAUUUUGUGAGACAUUAAUGUGAUGAAGAGGAAGAGGAGGAAGGAGAAGCUCCAUGUGUUGUUGUUGAGCCCCAUGAGACAAACUGUGAUUUGUGAAUCUCGGCUACACAAAUAAAGUUUAUAUGUUUCAUACGUGUCUAAUAUAAGAUAAAUUCUGUCACCAGUUCUUUCACAUAACUAAGAACAAGUCCAGAACAAUACGCUGCGUCGGGACGAACAUGACGGAUCCCCAGAAUAUCUUCUGUCUUGUAGGAUCCUUGUAGGUAAAUGUGACAGCAAAGGAAUUUGAUUGAAAAUGGGUGGAUUCCUAGUUGAAGAACAUACGUCUGUGUUCAGGGUUUAAAACACUUCAUGACACGAUGUGUAAUCUGAAACCAGGGCCUGUCUGUGCCAGAUUCAGGUAAUGACCUGGUGAAUCUGUUACUGGACUUCACCUCAAACCAGAUCUGAGCAGAAUCUUUCAAAACACAGAACCGACCCUUGCACUUUAUUGGCUCAUGCAUGACACCAGGAAGUCGGAACAAUGGGCUUUCACAGUGAAAUGAGCUGGAGUUCCCCCCUGGGUGUGGAAACUGGCUGAGUGGGAGGAGGAGUGACGGAGGAAUGGAUCUGGACAAGAGACCAGGAGACGCAGAAGGUUUGGACUGAAGACGCUGUCACUCACAGGCUCCAGAAUGGCGACCAGCCUCUACUAUGGAGACGACCACAACUGCACGUUUGUGGACCGACUGUUGACACGUUAUUUCCUGCCCGUCUCCUACUCCGUCAUCUUCAUCGUGGGCCUGGUGGGAAACGUGACCUCCAUCGGCAUCUACCUGACGAAGCUGCGUCCCUGGAAGAGCAGCAGCAUCAUCAUGGUCAACCUGGCGCUGACCGACCUCCUGUACGUCCUCAGCAUGCCCUUCCUGGUUUACUACUACAGCAACGGGGACUCGUGGACGCUCGGCGACCUCAUGUGCCGCUUUGUGCGCUUCGGGUUUCACUUCAACUUGUACGGCAGCAUCCUCUUCCUCACGUGUCACGCAGUUUUCCGCUACGUGGUGGUGACGAGGCCUUUGAGGGCCGCGCAGGUGCAGCAGACGUGUUGGGGAAUCGUUGCGUGUUCGUCUGUUUGGAUCAUCACCGCCGCUGAGAUAACCCCCAUGUUGACGAUGAAAAUGUUGGAGGAACACGACAACAAGACGUACUGUAUGGACUUCGCGAGCGCCAUACGUGAUAGCGUGGGCUCUUCUGAUCAGCGCUGGUAUAGCUGGCUGCUCACUACGCUCGGAUUUUUACUCCCCCUAGUGGUGGUGUUCAUCUGUUACAUCGGUAUCGUGAGAAAGCUCGCAGAAGGGCCCGGCGCGAGCACUUCCAGUCGGAUGCGAGCGAGUCGUGUGACCGUGCUGAUCCUGGUGGUGUUCGUUGUGUGUUUCCUGCCGUACCACAUCUUGCGUGUGUUGCGAAUAGAAAGUCGAGGUACGUCAGAGACACCGUGCAUGGUGGAGCGGGUCAUCCACGCCGCGUACAUCAUCUCCAGGCCUCUGGCUGGACUCAACACGUGUUUUAACCUGGCUCUGUACACUCUGUCAGGUGACAAGUUCAAGGGAGCUUUCCUCAGCACGUUCCACUGGAAGGGUUGGCUGACCAAGGCCCGGCCGCUGCUGCACAAGGCCUUCGUCAGCAGAGCAGGCGCUGACACGGCUGCUGUGUGAGCAACAACUGUCCAACACCUGAUUCACUCCAGCUGCUGUCAGACAGGAGGUUCUGCAGACUUUCUCCACUUGGCUAUAAAAAAAAAAGAAAAUCUAGAGGAGCCGAUGUGAGAAUGAACACGUUACAUCUUACGCUCUGGAGAUUUCUGUGUUGGUGUGAACGCGUCUCAGCGGAGAAUCUCCUGCUGCGUUGUUCAAGUGAGAAAGACAAACUCUGUCCUGAAACUAGUUCUGCUGAGGUCAUGUCUCAAUGCGGCUUCAGUGGACAAACAGUGACUCACUCUGAUGUGUGGAAUCACAGAUUGUAAAUAAACUGACCUAUUAGUGUCGGGCAGAAAGCGUGUGUCAACCCCUACGUGGAAAUAUACAUAAAGGUAAAAGUUUGCAUGUUAGAUUAGACUCUGUCUUUAACUGUCAGAGUGAUUUACCUGAAUAUGAUGAUAAUCUUCUGUUUCCUAUUCUAAUCAAUAAAGUAAAGUUGUGCUGGU